CCUAACACCUAACACCUGUAGAGUAUUUCUUUUUCCACAGCCUACCACUUCCCCCGCCAACAGAAUACAAAAUGGGGCGUCCCGACGGUCCGCGCGACCCCAUCGCGGGUCCCGAUACCCCUCAGCCACCCUUUCCACUAAAGCUGCGAGGCCCGGUGAUCAAGGGCUUUGGGCGCGGCAGCAAAGAGCUCGGCAUCCCAACCGCCAACAUCCCGCUGUCGGGGCUCUCGAUCGGCGGCCACGAGGACCUCGAAUCCGGCAUCUACUACGGCUGGUGCACGCUCAACACCAGCACCGUCUCCAGCGCGACAGCCACCAGCGUCCCGAGCGCCACGUCGGAUACAUCAGUGCCGACGCCAUCCUCAAGCCACGCCGUCGCCGACCUCGACUACUCGUCCGCGGCGCCCACCCCCGAAACAGUGUACCCGACUGUUCUCUCCAUCGGCUACAACCCGUACUACAAGAACACUGCGCGCAGCAUUGAGAUCCAUAUUCUGCAUCGCUUCGAUCGGGAUUUCUACGGCGCAACCCUGAGUCUUAUGAUUCUCGGGUUUAUCCGCCCAGAGUACGACUACGUGAGCAAGGAGGCGCUGGUCGAGGAUAUCCGCGAGGACAUCCGAGUUGCGAAGCGGAGUCUUGCGCGCGACGCGUACGAGGCAUGGAAGACGGAUGAGUGGUUGCGCGGCGGCGCGGAUGCGAGUGCGAAUGCGCGGUGGGAGCAGGCGGGGCAAAAGGACGAGGUGGUGGUGAGUCAGAUGAUGAACUGAUGCGCCAUUGUCUAGAGGGAAGGCAGAGGGCAUAGCAUUUUGGGGUGCGUGGUGGUUUGGAACUAGAUUAUUAAUUUCCGGUGUGAUAGACAUGCUAGAGGGUAGAAAGCAUCAUUCAAAAAGACAAGUACAAGU